ACGUGUUCAUUUAUGAACCAAAACUUUUCUGGUCCCAUUCUUGUGUCAUUUAUACCUUCUAUCAUCCCUGCAAACACACUCAACUAUACAUCGAAAUUCCCUUCUCAAAAAUUAAGAAACAUCUCAGACACGUAACACCAAAACAACCAUGUCUCUUCCAACACUCGUAGAUACUAAGGAAAACACCACCAACACUACUUUCCCUAAACUCAAGAUCAAAGAUGGAGGAACACCCUCUUCUUCGAGAGCUCCUUCUUCUUCACACAACUCUUUCCCUCCCACAGAAGAUAGCGAUGAAGAUGUGUUCACUGUUCCAGAUGUGGAAACUGCAGGAAGUGUAGAUUGUGCAGGCAGAAAUGGAUGUAGCAGUAAUGUUAAUGAAAGUAAGUUGAAAGAUCCACAUAUACAUUAUUCUGCUUUCCCUGGAAAACGGCGUCAGGGAAGAAACCCUGUCGACAAAGAGCAUAGACGCCAUAAACGGUUGUUAAGGAACAGGGUUUCUGCUCAACAAGCUCGCGAAAGGAAAAAGGUUUACGUAAAUGACUUGGAAUCAAGAGCUGUGGAGUUGGAAGAGAAGAAUAACAAUUUAGAAGAGCGAAUUUCAACGUUGAUAAAUGAAAACACCAUGCUACGAAAGGUUCUCAUGAACACCAGGGCCAAAGUUGACCACAAUGAAGCAUAGAUAAUUUGUUUAGUUAAAUGAACAAGGCUUCUAGAGGAUUCAUCUGUGUUUUUAUAAGAUUCUUCUUUUUGGUGAUAAAGCAACAAAAAAGGUGUGUCUAAAUCUAAAAAAUAUUUAAACCUAGUACUUGUCUAGUGGUGGAAUCCUUGUAUCCUUAAAAUCUUCCAAAAUUUUUGUAAAAUCUUAAUGUUUCUUUCCUUUAAAA